AUGGUGUUCGAAGUAAAGGUGAGGAGGAAUGAGAGGCAGAAUCAGUAUAAGCUGCUGGCAUGGCUCAACAAGGUCCUGCAGUCCAACUUCACCGAAGUGGAGCACACAUACUCAGGUGCAGCAUAUUGCCAGCUGAUGGACCUGAUUUGUCCUGGCUCUGUGGACUUAAAGGAGGUAAAAUUCAAGGUUGAGGACAAUUUGGACGUCCUCCACAACUACAAGCUCCUACAAGAUGCUUUCAGGAAGGCAGAAAUCAGUAAUGUGUUACCCAUUGAAGGAUUAAUCCAAGGGAAUUUCCAAGAUGUCUUUUUCCUAUUAAAAUGGUUUAAAGCAUUUUAUGAUCGUAAUUUUGCUGGACAGAUGUACAAUCCUUUGGAGGCUCGGACAAAAGCAGUGGAAAAUUUAAAAGGACUUGAGGACGUCACAGACACACAAGCAGAUCAGAACAGGGCAGAUAUAGACAUUAUGAUGGAACAAGAGGCCAUGGAUUCCUUUACGUGUGGUUUGGCCACACUUCAGUUCAUCAGCAAGUUCUGGCUUGGUGCAUCUGCUAGCACCAGUCCACUGGCUUCCUACAGAAGAGCCAAACAUCUCCUCAGCCAGACGUACUGUGAUGACAUCAAAGCAGCUUCUGUUCAUACCCCUUACUGCCUAUAUAUUUAUCCCGGGGUAGAGCUUGGAAAUGGGUUAAAGGGUAGUGUGCUCCUCAUUGGUCAUUUUAACCCAGGAUCUGGAGCUCACUGUAUCAGGCUGCUUGAUGUCAUUCAACCAAAGACAGAGACUGAUGCUGCUGAGCUUGAGUGUGUGGUUGUUACGCUAAGGGAUUUUGAGAUCCCUCUGACAAACCUUUCUAUGUUUUAUGUUAAUGCGAUGAUUCCUGAACAAAGCCAAGCACUUGUUUGUGGUCUUAGGAACCUAAAACCUGGAGUAGUGUCGCUGUGUGGCCUCCUAGACAUAGCAGCCCAAGCAUGUCAAGCUGGUGUCAUGGCAACCGGGGUUUCAGAGCAGAUUCACAAGGUCGUCAACAAGGUCCACCAUCACUACUCUUCUUGUACUGUUGCCAAGAACUCUCUGCAAGAGCUUUUUGAUGAAAUUGAGACACCUCUCAAUGUCAUUAAUCUCAGACCAUCUCAGUACCCUCUUUUUAUUAGAAUUGUACAUAAAAUGGCCAUUGCCUGGACAGAUCUCACUCAGUACUUUGGAUCCUUCAGUGACAGUGAGGAUGUAAAGGCAGUUUCUUCUCUCUUUGGUGAUCAGCAACUCAGGUUGACCUUUUUGUUCCUCAGCUUUGCUCUGCAGCCUCUCUCUGACCUUCAGGAGAACCUGGACAAAAUGGCUGAUUUGGGCCAGGUCCUUCAAGAUGCCUGUGGAUUGAUACAGUUUCAUGUUUCCAGUUUCCUUUGUCCACCUGCUGUAGAGCACUUCCUGAGGAGAGGCAACACUUCUCUCUUUAAGGACAAGAAGCAAUAUCUCCCAAAAGGAGAACUGAAAGUUGGUACCAUGGUAGAAGAAUUUCUUUCAGAGCUAAAAGAGGACAUGACUGGUUAUUUGGACAUCUUCCAUGAGAGUGUCAUCUCAUUUCAUUCUGCUGUAGCUUCCAGCAUCAUUGAGAACCUGCCUCUUCCAUACAUGGCGGUACAAAACAUGGCAGCAAUUCUUAGUCGUACUGGAAAACUGAAGGUGACGGGCAAGGCAGUGGCUGAUAUUGGUCUCCAGCUUGGUAUUUGCCAGAGCCAAGCUGAGGUCUCCCAGCUGAUGGAUGAAUUUCUGGAAUACCAACUAUCUGAGAGAGAGGAACACAUCAGUGGAAGCAGAAACAUCUCAGUAGAGCAAUACUGGAAGAGAGAGUUAAAGAUUAUGGGAAAGACGUCCAUUUUCAGGAAACUCGUCCAAAGCUUGUUAACUUUACCCAGGACACUCGCAAUGGAAGAAGUCUUUUCUCAAGCAUUUGAGAAUAGCAGCUGUUACUUAGAGAGCAGUCUGCCAGAAAAGGUCAUGGAGGUCACUGAGGAACAGGACAUGCACAUGCAGGAUGAGAAAGAGUUUUCUGUGGGAGAACUGGUCUGGGGUCAGGUGGAAGGCUUCUCCAUUUGGCCUGGUGUGGUGCAAAACUGGGAGAGGAGAAGAGCCACUGAUUCCAUAUGUAAAGUGAUGUGGUUUGGAGAUGGGAUGUACUCAGAGAUUAGUAGCAAGGGUCUCCUGCCCUUUGCUGACUUUGCAGAAUGCUUCUGCAACAUCUCUUUUGGCACUCAUUCAACCUACAAAGAUGCCAUAUUUCAGUCUCUUCAGGUGGCUGCCAGUCGCUGUGGGAAAGCAUUCUCUUUGGAAACAGACUGUAGAGAUGAGCUGCUCAGAGUCAUGUUGGAUUGGGCUUUGGAAGGCUUCAAACCAACCGGACCAGAGGGUUUUAGACCCCAAGCCAACAGAGAUGAAUCUGAAGAGCUGUUCAGACCAGUCUCUAACAAAAGAAGCAAAUUGAGGGUGAACAGUAAUCAAAAAUUAGUCCCAAAGAAGCAAAACCCACCCAUUUCCAUGAGCACGUUUUUAACGGACAAAACCAGUGCAGAGACCGUGCUAAAAUUAAAGCAAGUGUCUGUGUGCCUGAAGAAACUUUCUCUGGAUCUGUACAAUGGCUGCGUAGACCUGAAGGAUGAUUCAGUCAGCAGGAAACUUGGACUUCCAAAAUGGAAGAAUGUCUUCACAGAUGUUGUGAAGAAAUCUGUCAGAAAUGAGAACCCAACUUCAAAGAGGCAGAAAUAUGGCAACAGGAGCAGGGAUGAAAGCAAGGAGCAAAGCAUGAUUGAGCAAAAGCAAGAACAUGACUUUAACAGAGAGCGAAUGGUGCAUAAAGUUUUGAUCCAAGGGGAGAGUAUUGAAGAUUUCUGUUUGUCGUGUGGGACUGUGGAGAUCAACAUUUUUCACCCCUUAUUUGAGGGGAGCCUUUGUUUAAAAUGCAAGGAUAAUUUCACUGAGACGUUGUACCGGUAUGAUGAGGAUGGCUAUCAGUCUUACUGCACUGUGUGCUGCGCUGGACUAGAGGUCAUUCUGUGUGGGAAUGAGAGCUGCUCUCGCUCCUACUGUGUGGACUGUCUGAACAUCCUGGUGGGAGCUGGGACAUUUGACCGGCUAAAGGAGGUGGAUCCAUGGAUCUGUUACCUUUGUGAGCCGGAGCGUGGACACGGAGCCUUGAGACCAAGGCACGACUGGAGCAUCCGGGUGCAGGAGUUCUUUGCAAACAACAGUGCUAUGGAGUUUGAACCUCAUAGAGUUUAUCCAUCGAUCCCUGCCAAUCUGCGUCGGCCAAUCAGGGUCCUCUCCCUGUUUGAUGGUAUAUCAACUGGGUACCUGGUGUUGAGGGAUUUGGGCUUUAAAGUUGAGAAGUAUGUGGCAUCAGAGAUCGAUGAAGACUCCAUCACUGUUUCCAUGGUGAAUCACUAUGGAAAGAUAUUGCACGUGGAUGAUGUUAGGUUCAUCACUAAGGAACAUAUAGAUAAGUGGGGCCCAUUUGAUCUUCUGAUUGGAGGAAGCCCAUGUAAUGACCUGUCUAUUGUGAAUCCAGCACGAAAAGGCUUGUUUGAGGGUACAGGGCGCCUCUUUUUUGAAUUCUACCGACUCUUAAACGUGAUGAAGCCCAAAGACGGUGACCCUCAUCCGUUCUUCUGGCUGUUUGAGAAUGUGGUUUUCAUGGCUAGCAGAGACAAAGCUGACAUUUGUCGCUUCUUAGAGUGCAACCCAGUGCUGAUUGAUGCUGUGAAAGUAAGCCCCGCCCACAGAGCCCGGUAUUUCUGGGGGAACCUUCCUGGCAUGAAUAGGCCAAUCAUCGCCUCCCAAAAUGAUAAACUCACUCUACAGGACUGUUUAGAGGUGGGACGCAUGGCUAAGUUCAAUAAAGUGCGAACCAUCACAACUCGAACCAACUCACUCAAGCAAGGAACAACAGAAGUAUUCCCCGUCACUAUGAAUAAGAAAGAUGACAAUAUAUGGGUCACAGAACUGGAGAAGAUUUUUGGAUUCCCAAAGCAUUACACAGAUGUGAGGAACAUGGGGAGAAUCCAGAGACAGAAAGUUCUGGGCAAAUCCUGGAGUGUCCCAGUCAUCAGGCAUCUCUUUGCACCACUUAAAGAUUAUUUUGCUUGUGAUGAGGUCCCAUUAAAGUGA